CGGAGGAAGAAUCAUGACGUUCUGAGAAGUUGAGCAAACACCUCCUCCUCACGGCCCCCACCCCAAUUUCUGCCUGGAAUUCGGAGCCUAACCUUCCUGGCCCCUGGAGCACAGAGGCUGCAGGGACCGGACGAGUCACCAGGUUUCGAGAUGCUGCGACUCUCUAGGCCCAAGCUGGGCAGGCUGAGGCUCAGCCUCCCCAAGGGGCUUCACCACAAGGCGGUGAUGGCGCUGAGGAGGGAGGAUGUGAAUGCCUGGGAGAGGCGGGCGCCCCUGGCCCCCCGGCACGUCAAAGGGAUCACCAAUCUGGGAUACAAGGUCUUAAUACAGCCUUCCAAUCGGCGGGCCAUUCAUGAUAAGGAAUAUGUGAAAGCUGGUGGCAUUCUUCAGGAGGAUAUUUCUGAAGCUUGUCUAAUUUUGGGAGUUAAAAGACCCCCAGAGGAAAAAUUAAUGUCCAAGAAGACUUAUGCAUUCUUCUCCCACACAAUAAAGGCUCAGGAGGCCAAUAUGGGUUUGUUGGAUGAGAUUCUAAAGCAGGAAAUCCGACUUAUCGAUUAUGAGAAAAUGGUGGAUCAUAGAGGAAUACGGGUAGUGGCGUUUGGACAGUGGGCAGGUGUGGCAGGGAUGCUCAACAUUUUACAUGGAAUGGGUUUAAGGCUCCUUGCUUUGGGACACCACACACCUUUUAUGCACAUUGGCAUGGCUCAUAACUACAGGAACAGCAGUCAGGCUGUGCAAGCUGUCCGGGACGCUGGCUAUGAAAUAUCUCUGGGUUUGAUGCCAAAGUCAAUAGGACCCUUAACAUUUGUGUUCACAGGAACUGGUAACGUAUCUAAGGGAGCCCAAGAAAUCUUCAAUGAAUUACCUUGUGAAUAUGUGGAGCCACAUGAAUUAAAAGAAGUUUCCCAAACUGGAGACCUGAGAAAAGUGUACGGGACCGUGUUGAGUCGCCAUCAUCAUCUUGUCAGGAAAACCGAUGGUGUGUAUGACCCCGUCGAGUAUGACAAGCAUCCUGAGCGCUACACAAGUCGUUUCAGUACCGACAUUGCACCCUAUACAACUUGUUUAAUCAAUGGGAUCUACUGGGAACAAAAUACCCCUCGUCUACUAACCCGCCAAGAUGCUCAGAGUCUCCUGGCUCCAGGCAAGUCCUCAGUUGCUGGUGUUGAAGGCUGCCCUGCAUUGCCACACAAACUUGUGGCAAUAUGUGACAUUUCAGCCGACACAGGAGGGUCUAUUGAGUUUAUGACUGAGUGUACGACAAUAGAGCACCCCUUUUGCAUGUAUGAUGCAGAUCAGCAUAUUAUUCAUGACAGUGUUGAAGGCUCUGGGAUUCUGAUGUGUUCCAUUGAUAAUUUGCCGGCACAACUUCCAAUUGAAUCUACAGAGUACUUUGGAGACAUGCUCUACCCUUUUGUUGAAGAAAUGAUCUUAUCAGAUGCGACACAGCCUCUUGAAAGUCAGAAUUUUUCUCCCGUGGUGAGAGACGCAGUGAUUACAUCCAACGGCACAUUGGCUAAGAAGUAUAAAUACAUCCAGACACUCCGAGAGAGCAGGGAACGUGCCCAGUCACUUUCAAUGGGCACCAAGAAAAAGGUCUUGGUUCUUGGAUCUGGUUACGUAUCUGAGCCUGUAUUGGAAUACCUGUCAAGAGACGACAAUAUAGAAAUAACAGUAGGCUCUGACAUGAAGAAUCAGAUCGAACAGUUGGGCAAGAAAUACGGUAUUAAUCCUGUGAGCCUGGAUGUUGGUAAACAGGAAGAGAAGUUGGGCUCCUUGGUGGCCACACAGGAUCUUGUCAUCAGCUUGCUGCCUUACGUACUGCAUCCUCUUGUGGCCAAGGCAUGCAUCGCAAGCAAAGUUAACAUGAUCACUGCAAGCUACAUCACUCCUGCGCUAAAGGAAUUAGAAAAGAGUGUGGAAGAUGCUGGCAUCACAGUCAUUGGUGAAUUGGGAUUGGAUCCUGGUCUUGACCAUAUGUUGGCAAUGGAAACGAUAGAUAAGGCCAAAGAAGUGGGAGCCACGAUUGAAUCUUAUACUUCCUACUGUGGCGGGCUUCCAGCACCUGAACAUUCAAACAAUCCUUUGAGAUACAAGUUUAGCUGGAGUCCAGUGGGAGUUUUGAUGAACAUCAUGCAGCCCGCCACCUAUCUGCUCAAUGGAAAGGUUGUGAAUGUCGUAGGGGGUGUCUCAUUUCUGGAUUCUGUUACUCCCAUGGAUUAUUUCCCUGGAUUAAAUUUGGAAGGUUAUCCUAACAGAGACAGCACAAAAUAUGCCGAGAUUUAUGGCAUUUCAUCAGCUCACACUUUAUUGCGAGGAACACUAAGGUACAAGGGAUAUGCCAAAGCCUUGAAUGGCUUUGUAAAACUGGGUCUUAUAAACAGAGAUGCGUUUCCUGCCCUCCGACCUGAAGCCAGCCCCCUCACCUGGAAAGAACUCCUCUGUGAUCUAGUUGGGAUUUUACCCUCCUCCAAGUCUGAUGUGCUUAAGGAAGCUGUCUUUAAGAAACUAGGAGGAGACAGUGCCCAGCUGGAGGCUGCCGAAUGGUUGGGCUUGCUUGGGGAUGAGCAAGUCCCUCGGGCAGAGUCUCUGGUGGAUGCACUCUCCAAACAUUUGGCCGCGAAGCUCUCCUAUGCUCCUGGAGAGAAAGAUAUGAUUGUGAUGAGAGACAACUUUGGAAUCAGACAUCCUUCUGGACAUCUAGAAAGUAAAACAAUUGAUCUUGUGGUUUACGGGGAUGUCAAUGGCUUUUCAGCCAUGGCCAAAACUGUGGGGUUACCCACUGCUAUGGCAGCCAAGAUGUUACUUGAUGGUGAAAUUCAAGCUAAAGGCCUGAUGGGGCCGUUUUCAAAGGACAUCUAUGGACCAAUAUUGGAGGGAAUUAAAGCAGAAGGCAUUAUGUAUACUACACAGAGCACAAUCAAGCCAUAAUUGAGAAUUAUAUCUUGUUUUUAUCUUCCCAGGCAACACAGCUCGGAACUGUGGUGCAAAAACAUGCUUGCUAGUGUGAUCUAUCAAAAUAUAAAGCAUGACAUGUCUUGGUGAAGUCAAUACAAUGGUGUUUUUGAAAUAUAAAUCUCUAUUUUAAUAUGCAACAUCUGAACAAGAGAUGCUGGUAAUUACCAGAGAACUUUAAUGAUUCUAUCAUGUGUUUUCCAUGUAUGUGUAAAAGUAAUAACGACUGUACGAUUUGUUAAUUUAUUAUGCAACUUUUUCUUACAGCAGUAUAUUUUCCUGUAAUCAGCAGGUGACGUUUUUAAUCUUUUUAGUAAGAAAAAAUUUCUU